GUAAUAGUAAAAGACUUUGGCAUUGUUUGGGAAGAACUUUAAGGUUUUGGAUAAAAUAUUAGUGUUUUCCUACGGUCAAUAGUCUUUCACUUAUACCUUCGUCUUCUCGCGCAGUUAAAACUAAAAAAACAAUUAAGCGAGAAAGAUGGAGGCAUGGAGACCUGCGCAGCCACGAGGGGUGUCGAGACCGCGCGCUAGGCUGCCGGGUGGGCGGAGGGGCUGGCCGCGCUACCCGACGACGUGGUCGGAGGCCACACGUCUUCUCGGGCUUAAUGCAGGUUUUAAUAAUAUCUGGAAGAAUCAAAGCUUAAAAGCUUAUGCUAUGAAUGUGUCCCAAGGAGUUGAUCCGUCACCAAGUUGCAUUAUUAAAGCUAGGGACGAGCCUGACCAUCUCAUUGUUCUUGUUCACGGCAUCAUGGGCAGCCCAAGUGAAUGGACUUAUAUCCAAGCAGAGUUGAAAAAGCGGCUGGGAAGCAAUUUCUUAAUCUAUGCAAGUUCAUGUAAUUGUUACACAAAAACGUUUAAUGGGAUCGAUGGAGCUGGAAAACGAUUAGCGGAUGAAAUCAUACAGCUUGUGCAAGAGAGAAAGAGACUUCGAAAGAUAUCUUUUCUAUCGCAUUCUCUUGGUGGACUGAUUGCAAGACAUGCAAUCUCUGCUCUUCAUACACCAAGCUCAUCUAAUGCUAAGUGUGGUCCAGCAAGAGGACUAAUUGCUGGUCUGGAACCCAUCCAUUUCAUCACCUUGGCCACCCCACAUCUUGGAGUAAGAGGCAACAAACAGCUUCCAUUUCUUCUGGGAGUCAGUGCCUUGGAAAGGCUUGCUGUGCCAAUGGCUCCAGUUUUUGUUGGCCGAACUGGUAGCCAGCUUUUCCUUACAGACGGCAAACCAAAUAAACUGCCUCUUCUUUUAAAAAUGGCAUCAGACUGUGAAGAUGGCCAAUUUUUGUCUGCACUUGGUGCCUUUAGAUGCCGCACCAUUUAUGCUAAUGUCUCUUAUGACCACAUGGUUGGUUGGCGGACUUCUUCUAUACGAAGGGAGGCAGAACUCGUCAAGCCUCCCCUACAAUCAUUAGAUGAUGUCUACAAGCAUGUUGUAGCGGUUGAAUAUUGCCCUCCGGUUUUAUCGGAUGGACCUCAUUUCCCUCCCGAAGCAGCCAAAGCAAAAGAAGCUGCACAACAUGAACCCAACACUAAGAAUGCAUUGGAGUAUCAUGAAAUUGUUGAAGAGGAAAUGAUUCGCGGCUUGCAACAAUUAGGGUGGAAAAAAGUGGAUGUGAAUUUCCACUCCGCGACUUGGCCAUUCUUUGCUCACAACAACAUCCAUGUGAAAAAUGAAUGGCUUCAUAACGCUGGAGCUGGAGUCGUUGCGCACAUUGCGGACGACAUAAGGCAAGUCGAUUCCUUGUGGCGAAUGCAAAGUUGAAGCCAUUACAGAACUACUUGUAUAUAAUGGAAAUUAUCACAAUUUCUUCAAACAUGAUUUUUUUUUUAUUUUGCAAAACUAGAUAGCGAGAAAUAUGACUCGCGUCUGGGUACGGAGGUUUAGUUGUAAAAUUAAGCAAAACUAAAACUUUCGGUCAUAA